GGAUGAUCAUCUGUGUAACUAGCGGUGAUUUCCCCCCAGUUAAUUCUAGAAGCACCCUUAAAACUUUAGCUAAAGAGAACUUAAUUGAAGGUAGUGGUCUUAAACAAUGGAUUCAUAAUCACAAUCCGGAUAUUUUAAAUACCUCAACUCAAGCAAUCUUAUGUAUAAGAGAUUGUAUAUUAGCUGAUUGUUUUAUUGGUCUAAUUCGUUUAGAAGCAGCACUUAAAAAACUUCUAGACUGUGACUAUCAUAACUUUUGUCAACAAGCAAUUGCAGUAUUUAAUAAAAGAUUUACUGAAUUUGAUGAUGAUGCAUAUAUCUUAUACUUUUUUUAUGAUACUUCUAAUUAUGAAGAACAGCCUUUUAGUGAAGAAUUACAUAAUAAUAAACUUCCAGAAGAAGAAAGACUUAAAAUCGAAGAAUUGUUAAAUCUUGAUGCAGCUAAUUUUACAAAAGAUCUAAAUGAAAGAGAUUGA